GGGCAACACUUUUAUUAAAGUACCACUGGACUAUCUGUCAUGGAGUUAUCGUAAAAUCUUAAUAUUGGAGCAAUUACAAAGAAUAGAUGCUGAUCUCAUAUGCUUACAAGGUGUUGAUCACUAUCAUGACUUCUUACAGCCUUCUUUUCAAAGAGAUGGAUAUCAUAGUAUUUUUGUUGUAAGGCCACACUCAAAAUGUCUUAAAUCUGUAUCUAACAAUGGUUCAGAUGGUAUUGCAUUACUUUAUAACACUAAAUGCUUGGAAUUAGUCAAGAAGAAAGAAAUUAUCUUACCUACAAAUGAUCCUGCUCUAUCUAAUUCUAACCAGGUUACUAUUUUAGCCAGCUUCCAAACUUCCAGUAAUAAUAAGAUAUGUGUAGUAGCAACUGGAUUUAAAGAAGGAUACUUUUUAGUUCAGACAAGAUUACUUCAAGGUGACUAUAUCUUUGAUCAAAUACGAGAGUUUGCAGGAGACUUACCUUUAAUAUGUUGUGGUAACUUCAAUGCUGGUCCCAAAGAACUAGUCUAUGGUCACUUCUCAUCAUCAAAACCUCCCGUCUCUAGUAGUGCAUACAAAAGAGAGGGUUCUGAGCCAAAUUUUACUGUAUGGAAAUGCAGUGCAUCUGGCAAUGUUAAAUUGCCAGCAGAUUAUAUAUGGUAUUCAUCACAGAGCCUGAAGUUAGUGAGUAUAUUAGAUAUACCACCAGAGGAUGUCAUUGGUUGUAGCGGGUUACCAUGUCAACACUAUCCUUCACAUCACAUAGCAUUGGAUACUCCGAAGAGUAUGCUGGUGACCAUCUCAGAGGUCUGA